GCUGUUGCAAUUAGUUUCCGGGUCAAAUGCGAUUUUCCCAAGUCAAAAUAGAACUUCAGAGGAUGAUUGAAUGAGUUUGCCCUCCAGAUAUCGGUGUAUUAACAUUUUCAGUUUGUCGGAAACGAACAAAAGUUGACAGAUGGCUGGUUUACCACCAGGAGACCCGCAGCUGGUAUCCAUGAUCGUCAACCAUUUAAAAACUCAAGGUCUCUUCGACCAAUUCAGAAGAGACUGCCUUGCAGAUGUGGAUACAAAGCCUGCCUACCUGAAUUUAAAACAACGAGUGGACAACUUUGUUUCUAACCACCUCUCUAACCACACAUGGAGUCCUCACUUGAACAAAAAUCAACUGCGAAACAACAUCAGGCAAUUGGUCCUUCAGUCUGGAAUGCUAGAGCAGGGAGUAGACAGGAUAGUGGCACAGGUAGUGGAUCCCAAAAUCAACCAUACCUUUAGGCCUCAGGUAGAAAGAGUGGUCCGGGAAUUCCUGUCACCUGGUUGUUAUGUCGAGGAACCAGCUGCCCUACCUGUACCCGAUGAGGAGAAGCUUGCCCACAACCUACCUGAGCAAGCCUCUUCUUCUGCCCCUGCUGGAAAUGCCAUGUCCAUCCUGGAUACCAUAACCACCCUUAACCAGGAAGCCAGCUCCUGGGCCAGUUCCAGUGGGGAGAAAAAUCGCAAGGGGGGCUUGGAGGAGCCGAUGCUGGAUUUGGAGGAGGGGGAACAGGACAUGAAUGUUGUUGAGGAAGGGGAAGAAGACCAAGAGGAGACAGGAGAAGAAGAUCUGAUGCUUUUGUCAGAUUUCCACGCUAUGGAUGUCAAAAAGGAGGAUGUAGAGCUGACGGACUCAGAGAGGGAGCGAUUGACUGAGAUGAAGACUGAGGAGGAGGAGGUUGGGACUCCUGAACUGGCAGACGAGGGUAAAGACAAAGUUGACAGCAAGAUCUCAGGAACGCCCAAAGAAGAAGGGCAGACACUAGAUGUUGAUCCACUCAGAUCUCCCAGUGAGAAACACCAUAUGAAACAAAAGGCCAGAGAGAGGCUUAAAGAAGAAUACUCUUUGGAAGACUCUGACCUCGAAGGCCUCAGUGACAUCACUGUCAGCUCCGUCCACACCAGUGACCUGUCUUCAUUUGAGGAGGAGAGCGACGAUGAGUUACCACCAUCUGACUCCUCGGAGGAUGGUGAAGUGUCGUCCGAUGGUGACAAGGAAGAGAAAAAGCAGACCUGUACAGACAAUGAGGAAGACAAGGAGCGUAAACCUCGUCGACAGGCAUACGUCCACAAACCCUUCCUCUACUCGCGUUACUAUAGCGACUCAGAUGACGAAGUCACUGUGGAGCAGCGUCGGCGGUCGGCAGCGAAAGACAAGGAGGAGAGGUUGCUCAAGAGACAACAGAAUAGGGAGCGAAUGGAGGAGAAGCGUAAACAGAGGGCGGCUCAACUGGAAGAACAGAACAAGAGAAGGCAGGAGACGGCAUCCCUCAGUCUGGAGGGACCCAGGGCCAAGGAAGCUCGCAAGGAAAGGAAGGUUCUGGAAAAGAAAAUGGCCCUCAGUCGGAAGAGAAAACGGGACUCGAGGAAAGAAGGAGAUACUUUCAUCAAGAAGAAAGGAGAUUCAGAGUGUGAAUAUGCCAAGAAGGAAGAAGGAAAGGCUGGGACUUCAAAGAGCUCGCAACCAAAGUCUAUCAGAAAGGUUUCAGAGUCUGCAUCAUUAGACGAGAGGCGCAGAAGGAAGAGCGGUAGCACUUCGGAAGACUCCGCCGAUCCGAGAAAGGCGGCCGACAGAAGUCGUACGCACUCCUUCAUCCUGGACUUGGAGCAGGGCUUGGAAGAGUCGCUCAAGCAGCGCUCUGCGGGGAAGUUUGACCGUCAGUCUCGCAAAGAGCUGCACCCCAGAGAGCGCAAAGACAAGGAGCGCAGUCUCUCUGACGAGCGUGCCAAGCCCAAGCAGAAGUCAGAGAAGAGGGUUGAAGGGGAUGGGGAGGAGUCUCAGCAGAAGGAGCUUAAAGUCUCCUCGGAUGACAAAGGGGAGAAGAAGAUCAAGGUCAAAAGUGACAAAAGAACUUUAGGGAUGGGCAGGGAGGCUCGGGCGUCUGUGUCGGAGAGUGUCUGUGAGGAAGGCUCUCACAAAGACGCGAAAAAGGGGAAGGGGACUGCUGUAGACGCUACCAAAGUAGACAAGGAGAGGGAGAAAGACAAAGAGAAGGGUAAGGAGAAAGACAAGGCCAAAGAGAAGGAUAAGACGAAAGGAGAGAAGGCUUCCGCGAAAAGCGACUUGAGGCAGCUGCUCAGAGACUCGACUGGUUCGUCUGAGGAACGAUCUGACAUGGAGCCAGGACCUGACAAUAUCAAAAGGAGAGAGAAACCCCCUAAAGAUGGUCUGAAGAGGUCAAGGAACCACAAUGAGGACGUGGAGAAGACUAGGCACGUGGAGAAGGGGAAGAUUAGGUCUGAGGCCAAGGAUGGUGAAAAAGAGAAACCUAAAGUGGAAGAUGGCACCCAGGAAAGCCAGAAGUCAAUCAAGCCCAGCUCUGAGAUGGAGAAAGAUCCCAGAAAGUCUAAGGAGAUAGAGUCACAGUCUGUGAAAGGCAAAGCAAUGGAAAAAUGUCGAUCCAAAUCAAAGGAAGAUGUGAAGGUUCCGUCCUCAUCCAAGGUGGACAAGAAAGCGCCGGGCACGGAUGUCAAAAGCAAAGGAGGAGCACCUGCAGGCAAGCCUGACACGUUGAAAGACAGAAAAAAAGACCCAGGCAUGAAGGCACACAGGAGGGGCUCUGAAGAGAUCCCAGCAGAAAGGAACGAGGACAAGAGUGCCAAGAAACUUGAGAAGAAGACUAAAAUCCCAGAGAAGAAAGGAGAACCCCAAGACGAAGCCAAAGGAAUCAAAGGAGACGACAAGUCGGACAAGUCCUCAACGCCGCCCGUGUCCUCGCCCGUUCUUGAGGUGCCAGAGUUCUCCGGGACACCCCCCCAGCCGAAAGACGCGUGCACAGACUCUGAUCCCAGCGCCGCCAUCGUCACUCCCUCGGUUCCGGAUGACACCUACGAUGCGCUGAGUGACAUCACCCCCGAACCCGACGACGAGGACGAUGCCGUGAAGCGGCUGCGUGAGGUGGAACCACGUCUGCCGGCGUCUGAGGCCGACGCUCUCCUCACCCUGGUGGACAUCUGCACUUCGGAGGAUGCCCGGCUGGUCUCGGUCACAGACGUUGCUGUGGCCGUACAGGGAGACCAUAGAGAAGCUACGGCAGCAGAUGAAGGACAGUCCUUGCCAGAGCUGGCCUUCCAGGAUGCCGACUUGAAGAUGAAAGAGGCCGCCCUGACGCUGCUUUCCAUGGACCCUGAGAGCAUAGUGUCCUCGAGCGUAGCCACACAGGAGGCCGCCGCCCUGGCUCCACAGCAGAUGGAAACAGCGCCACCUGGAGGAGGAGAGUGGCAAGAUUCUGUGCAUGUGCAGGAAGAGGUGGAAAAUGCCACAGACGUGGGAUCUCAGCAGAUGGAUGUUCCUGUGGCAGAACCAGAGGGAAAAGAUGCUUCCACUGCUGAGGUAACUGAAAUGGUUCUUUCAAAUGCACAGUCACUAGCUGAAUUGGGGCAACAGAAGGAUGUUGGCCCAGGUGAAGAGAGAACGGACCACACCAAUGUUAGCCCUGACAAGCCUGAAGAGUCCCUGUCAGUUGACAGUGGGACCCCAUCUAUGGCUGCAGAAAAGGAGAACGACUCAAAUGUAGAGGAGCUGACUGAAGAGAUGGUUGUGGAACCCAUGGACCCCAAGAUCAUGAUGGAGAGUGAAAAUAUGAAUAAAGACCAGGAGGAAACACUGGAGGAAAAAGAAGACCCAGUCGCUGGGAAGGGUCUCCCUCCUGGUCCAGAGGUGGUAAGGGAGAAGAGGCGUGGCCAGCCAUCCAAACUGGAAAAACAAUCCAGUAAUGCAUCCAAGUCAGAUGGACAAGAAGAUGAAAAAGAAUCAGACCUGUCUGAAAAGGAGGGGAGAGUAACUCGCAAAAGAAAACUAUCAAAUCAGAAAACUGGAAUGCCCAAGGACUCUGGUGAGGAGAGUAAGGACCAACAGAGCCAGGAGGAUCCAUCUCCAGAGUCUGUUGAGGAAGGUGACGUAGAGAAGGCCAAGGAGCCCCAAACCCGACGGAGAGGCCGGUCUUCCAAGGCCCCCGUGGAGGAAGACGAUCAGCCACCAGAGCCUGGGAAAAUAGAGGAGACUCCUACUCGUCGAGGCAGGCGUUCAGGCGCCCAGGCCAAAGAAACGCCCGCAGGCAGUAAGACGAAAGAGAAGAAGGACGAGGAGAAAGCAGGAGAAACCUUGAUGGAGAAGCCGCAGGAGAAAGAGGAGAAAGGCAAGGAGAAGAUGGAACCGAAGAAACCUGGCCGGCGUGGAAGACCACCCAAAGCUCAAACUCAACCAGCGGCAACUGAAAACGCAGAGAGAUCUGAGUCCAAGGAGACGACUGACGCCUGCAAACCUUCAAGGAAGAGGAAACGGUCUGAGGGAGGAGAGGAAACAUCAGAGGAGACUCAGCCUGAUGAGAAGGAGGUACCGGACGGUGAGACCCAGGAGCAAGAAGAGAAAUUGCCCCAGGAGCAAGAAGAUAAAUCACCCCAGGAGCAGGAAGAGAACCUGCCUCAAGAGGUUAAAGAGAGCCAGUCAGAAGACCAGGAGGAAAGAAAACAUGAGGGUCACAGCGAAACUAAAACCGAUGAAGGAGAGCAGGACAAAGAGAAGCCUAAAAAAAAGCCAGUCCGAAGGGGAAGGCCCUCCAAGGGAGCGGAUGUGACUCAAGAUGACCCUGAGAAAAAAGACAAGCCUGAUGAGAAGGAGGGGGAAACAAAAGAGGAGGAGGAAGGAGAGGAGGAAGAUGAGGAGGGGGAGGGGGAGGAGGAGGAGGAAGGUGGGACGAAGAGGAGAACUACGACGAGGUUGGCAGCCCGUCUGGAGGCUGAGAGGAACAAACCAAGUAAGCCUUCUACCCGGGCUAGUAGACUUGGAGGUAAAGAGGAAAGUGCCGCAAGCACACGUGGAACAAGAGGGCAGGCCGUUGUUACGGCUGCCAAAGGAGGCCGUAAACGGGAAGCUAGUCCCCCGGCGCUGCGCACCAGAGGAGGGCAGAAAUCUGAGGAGCCCCCCUCCAAAAGAGCCAAGCGAUGAACAAACGGGAGAACCUAGAGAGACUCGACAGCAGACUGAUGUCUUUGAGACUCGCCUCCCUUGGGGGGUAAAUCCCUGAAUAUCAAUCAGUGUGUGUGCAAUUACAUUCAUUCAUCAAGCUGCUAUGAAACCCAUAGCUCCAUUGAGUUUAUUAGCUUAGUUUCAGUGUUUGAAAAGGAAGGGUCUGGGGUCUUCGUUGAUUAGAAAGGUAAUGUCUACAACAGCAGUGUUAGUUCCUCUGGCUAAUGGCGUCUUACCUGCAAUGAGCUCACAGAGCUGUCCCUGGUCUGCCUGUUGAUCACGUUGAUUGCUGUGUUCCUGUGCAGCCUUAUUCACAUUCCCAUGACCACAACACAGUUAUCCAUGUUUGCUUUCCAUCUCACCCAGCCUUACACUUGAAUAGUAACGGCUUGGGAACUAGCUUGUCACCUAUAAGAAAAUUAAAUGUUCUGUUUGAGUGAUUGAACUCCAGAUGCUUUAGUCUUUCAUGUUGGAUGUAAGUGGUCCUCAGAAUGUUGGAUGGCAUGUUCACAAUCUUAACACGCAUUUAGGUUCAUAUACAGUAAAGCUGUGUAACAAUUAUAGAUGUGAAUUAUAGUCUCAUAGCUGGUUUUACUAUUGUUUUUAUGCCAUUUGUUUUUACUUAAGUGUGCUUGUCACUGUUGACAGAACAUUGAAAUCUUCAUUCUGUGAAUGUUAUGAAGCUAUUACUGUUGUAUUGUUCAUGUUUUGGAUUUUACAUGUUGAUGGGUAUGUGCUACCUAUCAUCCUCAUUAGGUGAUUUUUUUAUUUGAGUAUUUUUUUAUAAGACAUAGCUCACAAUGGUUUGUUAACAUUAUUCAAAGUACAAAAUAAACUUUUCUUACUGUUGGAAA